GCUUGGCAUCUUUCUGAUGAAGCCAAGACAGCAAUUUAAUGGGAGACAUGGCGAUCAGAAAGAGACUUGUCCGUUGAAGAUCAAAUUUAUGAUUCAAAAGUCUCUUUUGACCAGUGCCAGGCACUCUCUUCUUGCCUCUUUCUUCUCUUCUUCCUCCCAUCUACUCCCUUCUUUCCUCUGUCGAUUGUCAGUCAAUAUUUAUUCAGUUUUCUCAUGGGUUGCUUCUCUCAAAACAGCUUACCAUUUUGAAACUGCAAUAAUUUGAAGAUGGGUCUCUGUCUUUCAACGACGAAAGUUAGUGGCUCCAACAGCAACAACAACAACAACAGCGUCAAACAUCGUCGGAAAGAUAAUACAGACCGGACCAAUAAUGAAAAAGGAAGGAAUGAAACAAAGCAUGUUAAGAAUAAUUAUACUCAGCAGCAGGUGAAGAAUCCUAAAAGAGACAAGGCCAAAACGAAGGGACAAACUGGGAUGAUACCGUGUGGGAAGCGUACGGAUUUCGGGUAUGCAAAAGAUUUUGAUAAAAGGUAUUCCAUCGGAAAAUUAUUGGGACAUGGGCAAUUUGGAUACACUUAUGUUGCCGCCGAUAAGACAAGUGGAGAUCGUGUCGCCGUCAAGAAAAUUGACAAGAAUAAGAUGCUUCUUCCUAUUGCUGUCGAGGAUGUUAAGAGAGAGGUCAAGAUUUUGCAGGCUCUUGCAGGCCAUGAGAAUGUAGUUCAGUUCCAUAAUGUGUUCGAAGAUGAUUCUUAUGUAUAUAUUGUAAUGGAGUUAUGUGAGGGUGGUGAAUUAUUGGAUCGAAUAUUGGCCAAGAAGGACAGCCGUUAUACGGAGAAAGAUGCUGCAGUAGUUGUACGUCAGAUGCUCAAAGUUGCAGCUGAGUGUCAUUUGCAUGGUUUAGUACACCGUGACAUGAAACCUGAGAACUUUCUUUUUAAGUCUACCAAAGAGGACUCGCCUUUGACGGCUACAGAUUUUGGCUUGUCAGACUUUAUAAAACCAGGGAAGAGGUUUCAAGAUAUAGUUGGCAGUGCCUACUAUGUUGCUCCAGAAGUACUGAAACGAAAAUCAGGACCUGAAUCAGAUGUCUGGAGUAUUGGUGUGAUUACAUACAUUUUGCUCUGUGGGAGGCGACCCUUUUGGGACAAGACCGAGGAUGGUAUAUUCAAGGAGGUUUUAAGGAGCAAGCCUGAUUUUCGUCGCAAACCAUGGCCAACUAUAAGCAAUAGUGCCAUAGAUUUUGUAAGGAAGUUACUGGUGAAGGAUCCUCGGGCUAGACUAACAGCUGCUCAGGCACUAUCACAUCCAUGGGUUAGAGAAGGAGGAGAUGCAUCUGAGAUUCCUAUUGAUAUAUCUGUUUUGAAUAACAUGCGGCAAUUUGUGAAGUACAGUCGAUUGAAACAGUUUGCUCUAAGAGCAUUAGCUAGCACACUGGAUGAAGAGGAGCUAUCUGAUCUCAAAGAUCAAUUUGAUGCAAUUGAUGUAGACAAAAAUGGCUCUAUCAGUCUUGAAGAGAUGAGACAGAUUGAUUGCAACACAGAUGGGCUUGUGGAUUUCCGUGAAUUUGUUGCAGCUACACUACAUGUGCAUCAGCUGGAGGAACACAACUCUGAGAAGUGGCAACAUCGAUCACAGGCUGCUUUUGAGAAGUUCGACUUAGAUAGAGAUGGGUUUAUAACACCUGAGGAACUUAGAAUGCAUACGGGUUUAAGAGGCUCAAUUGACCCACUUCUUGAGGAGGCAGAUAUUGACAAAGAUGGGAGAAUAAGCCUUCCGGAAUUCCGCAGGCUUUUAAGAACUGCAAGCAUUAGUUCACAAAAUGUGAGUGGUAGCCCGACUGGCCAUCAGCAUUCCAGGACGUUGUAAAUUAAGCUUUCAAGUUGUAGAAUUGAGGGAAAUAAGAGGAUAUAGGGAUGGAUGGAGCUCCUCGGCUACGUGAGGAACCUAUUUAGUUUGAACAAUGAGCUUACGUCUUUGGAUCUUGAAAACAUUUUUUUGGCUUAGAGAGGUCUUGGCUUGGAUGUUUUCAGUAUGUCUGCAAGGAAGACGAGUCCAUAACAGAUGGUGCUACUGCUGCCUGUGUGUACAUCUGUGUAUCAGGAUUCACUCAUGUUUAUACAUGUUUUUGAAAAAGAUGUUUUCUGAAGUGAGGUUAAAUUUAUACCAAGAGCUUAGUAUUAUGAUGAGAAGAAAUCAACACUAUGUGGUGGUUAAAGGAAAUUACUUGUAAAUAGAAUCUUGAUUGUUGCCUAUACAACAAAACUAAGUAUACCUAAUUUUGAGAA